AACUUAGCAGUCAGUACUCCGAAGGCAUACCUAGAGACAAAACAUCACGCAUUAAUAUAUCAAAAACGAUAGUUCAUCAACAUUCAACCAACUCACUGAAAAUGACAUCUGGAGAAUUUACAAGUGCUCUAAAUAAAUGUAAAUUAGUUUUCCUGGGAGAACAGAGUGUGGGAAAAACUUCCCUUAUAACUCGAUUCAUGUACGACAGCUUCGAUAACACAUAUCAGGCUACAAUUGGUAUUGACUUCCUAUCGAAAACUCUCUACUUGGAUGAUCGUACAGUGCGCCUACAACUCUGGGAUACAGCGGGCCAAGAACGAUUUCGUUCUCUGAUACCAUCAUACAUUCGAGAUUCGACAGCGGCAAUAGUUGUCUAUGAUGUCACCAAACCACAAACAUUCCAACAAACCUCCAAAUGGAUCGAAGAAGUAAGAGUCGAGCGCGGUACCGAAGUUAUUAUAAUGUUAGUUGGCAACAAAACGGAUCUGGCCGGAAAACGCCAAAUCACAACGGAGGAUGGUGAAAAUAGAGCCAAAGAAUUGAAUGUAAUGUUCAUAGAGACAAGUGCAAAAACGAGUUAUAAUGUAAAAAAAUUAUUUGAGCGUGUAGCUUCUGCACUACCCUGCGUACGUUCAGCAGAUCCGAGGGAGACUUCCAGUGAAGAUGAGCAAAGAAUCGAAUUGGAGGAAAGAAUCGAAGCAUCGAAACAAACUAAAAAUAAAAGCAAAUGCUCUUGCUAGUCUAUUUAAAGAGAACAUAGUUAUAAGUCAUUAGCAAUAUAUAAUUUGUCAUACAUUUA